AUGUCCAAACCCGUUCCAACACCUAUGCCAAAUAAGGAUGACCCGAAAGUGGGUGGUGGCAAAGAUGUUUGGGUCGAGGAUAGCGAUGGUAAUGCUUCACUCGAUGUGAUGGCAAUGUACCACUCUUAUGAGCCUGGGUACCGCCGUGAUGUUGAGCAAAAGCUACGCCGUAAAAUCGAUACUCGAAUCCUGCCCCUCGUCGUCAUUAUCUAUUUGUUCAACUACCUUGAUCGCAACUCCAUUACGCAGGCUCGUCUAUACGGGCUGCAAGAGGAUACGGGUGUGAAAGGAGCGCAAUAUCAAACUGCAAUCUCUAUAUUCAGCGCCGGUUACAUCCUCAUGCAGUUGCCAGCAACCUUGUUAAUGACGAAACUUCGGCCAUCCAUUUACCUUCCAACCUGCAUUAUUGUUUGGGCUAUCACUAGUGGAUGUACCGCCGCCGUUCAUAAUACUCCGGGACUCUUGAUAGUUCGGCUGUUUCUCGGGUUCGUGGAAGCUCCAUUCUUCCCUGGAGCGAUCUAUUUCCUCAGUUGCUGGUACACAAAGCGGGAAAUCGGCGUUAGAAUGGCUCUCCUGAUUUGUGGUAUCCUUCUUUCCAACGCCUUUGCGGGACUGAUCUCGGCGGGAAUUCUGUCUGGCAUGAACGGUGUCGGCAACUUGGCAUCAUGGAGGUGGCUCUUCAUUAUCGAAGGGCUUGCUACUGUGGUAGUCGGCACCAUUGCGCUCUUCAUUCUACCAGACUUCCCAAGCACGACUAAAUGGCUUAGUAAGGAAGAGAAAGUGGUUGCUCAGGGUCGCCUAGCUGCCGAUGCCGGUAGUGACGCCGUGCUUGACGAGGAGAAAGUGCCAAUUACCCGUGGAUUGAUGUGGGCGGCGAAAGAUAUGCGAACUUGGAUGUUUGCUUGUCUCCAAAUGGCUACCACUGCGUCUGUCUCCUACUCUCACUUUUUCCCCACCUUGAUCAAACAAUUGGGGUUCAAGAACAGCACUACUGUCUUGCUUCUCACCUCUCCACCUUACCUGGUUGCGUUCUUCUGGGCCCUUUCCUGGGCAUGGGUGGCAGACCGGCGUCAAACUCGCUCGAUUCCCGCCGGAAUCUCCCAAUGUCUCGCAAUGAUCGGUACAAUCCUCCUUAUUGCCGUUGGAGGCCCCCUCUGGGCCCGUUAUGCCUUCACCUUUCUUGUCUGCUGUGGUACAUUCGGUGUCUACUCAACUACGUAUGCAUGGCUUUCUUCGACGAUUACACAGCCACCAGUCAAACGAGCAGUGGCUAUCGGAAUCGCUAACACCUGUGCAAACAUUGCGUCGCUGUUUGCGAACUAUUUCUGGUUGGACCAAUACGAGCCCACGUACCGACAGUCCUGGGGCUGUCUGUUGGCAUUCCAGGCGCUAGGACUUACCUGUAUCCUUACACUUCGUUUCACCCUUCAGCGCGCGAACAACAAAUUCGAAAGCUUGUGUAAUGAAGCGGAUGUCAACGACGCGGUUUUCAUCGCCCGCUUGAAUGACGAAGAGCGCAAGGCCGUCCAGAAUGGAUUCAGAUAUAUUGUGUGA